AAUCAAGCUCAAAUAUCAUUUCCCGCAAGUUUUUAUUUACGCGACAUAUACUAUAAUAUCAUUAUCGCAAUUGCAUCGCUAUCACGUGUAUGAGGCCGGUGCAAACGCUAAGCUUACUACUGUUCGUGAUACAGAGAAGCAUGAAAUCUUGCAAACUCGUCAUGGAUGGCAUUUAUUCGGUGUGGUUGGAAAAUUUUACUACGAUAAUUUGCGUUGCGGAUACGAUGAUAAAUUCCAUUUCUACCUUGUUCUAAACAGACAAAUUUACUUUCUCAGCUUGCAAGCAUGUUAUCUCACUUCACGGUAAUUUAUUCCGCGCAACAAUAAGACCCGUAAGAAAAGAAUGGACACAUAGAAACUGAAUCUGUAUUCGCGCGCGAGAAAAUAAGUAUUUUAGAAUAUUUUAUUAUUCAGAAAAUUGAAUCUCAUCUCCAAAAUAGAUCAUAUGCCACUAAUCCGAUAAUUAAUUUAAUAAGCUUGUUUUUGUUUAUGAUUAUUUUAUUAAUAUAAUAAAUAGCAUCUCACACACACUCUCACGUCUCGUACUUUUAUUGCACUAUGUAUACGCAUUUUUAUAGUAAUAUGAAAUCAUUAACUCUUACAAUAAUUUACUUUCUACUACUAUCUUAAAAUAAAACAGAUAUUAUGUGAUAAACGUGACAGCUGGGAAAGAUAAAUUUAAUUGUUAAUAGCGCGAUUAACAAACAUCGUUGUACGUUAUACAAUCUCCCUCUUCCGAAUCAAUGAUGCGUACUUUACCUUACGUCUUUUACAUUAUCACUAAUGACUUCACCAAGUCUUGAAACUAGACCAAGUUACAAGGAACGAUGUUGCUCUUCGAACGAGUGAAAUGUGAAUGUAACGUGCUGGAGCGAUAUAAACGCUCCAUUCGCUACUGCGUCUGCGUCAUUUUUACUUGGAGGUAAAAAAAUAUACUCGCUUGUGAUCUUGGAAUAUGUAAUUUAAGUAAUUUAAGUAUUCACGCAACACGUCUUUUGCCAUUAACAUCAUGUGAAUGGUGUGACAAACGGACCUAUACACUAUUGGAAAAAUUCAACAAAAUAGAGACACGAAAAUAUGAUACUUUUCUUUAAUAGCGCUUCAAUUUUGUAUAAUAACUUUAAUACGACGCAAAUUGUAUCAUUCGCGUGGGGACUAUAAAGUACAGAAAAAAUAAAGUAUGUUACGAAUGAUCAAAAGAACUCGUUUAAAAUUGCGAGAAGGUAAACGUAUUCCGACCAUUGAACAAAUAUGGAUUUCGCAGGAAAGCGCUAUUAUAACAUACAUCGUAUCCUUUUGUCUUCAAUUGGUUUGUGGCCGUAUCAGGAUCCAAGAAAGAAAACGAUUCAAAGAAUCAUUUCUUCUGUUAUUCUCAUAUCCUCUGUCAUUGUUCAGUUAAUGAAAUUUCUCACAACUGAAUACAGUCUGGAUCUUCUACUUAAGGUUCUAUCAUUUACAAUACCUUGCAUAGUGUUCGUGUUGAAAUAUAUUUCUUUUAGCAUUGGUACUGAGACAGUGAAAGAUCUCAUGGAAAAUAUUAUAAACGAUUGGAGUUUGUUGAAAACCGAAGACGAGUUUGAAAUUAUAAAGAAGCAUUCCGAUUUUGGACGAUUUUAUACGAUGCUCUUCACAUUGGCUGUGUAUUCUGGUCUCAGUGUUUGCGUAGUGAUUCAACUUGCGCCAAAUUUUCUUGACUUCGUAGCACCACAAAACGAAUCGCGGCUACAUCACAUACCGAUAACUGCAGAAUACUUUGUUGAUCAACAAAAAUGCUAUCUGCCAAUUCUGUUGCACAUUGAUGUAAUAGCUGUCGUAGGAUUCACUACUGUGAUGUCUACUGAAUCGUUAUUUGCCGCGUUCGUACAGCAUGCCAUUGGAAUGUUUGCAAUUGCUAGUUACAGAAUAGAACACGCAUUUGAUGAAGUGUUGGGCAUUAACAUGCCAAGAAAGAAUUGUCCGUACUGUAGAAAAAUAAUAAAUGCCAUAUACAUUCACAAGAGAGCUAUUAAAUUUGUCGAAUUUCUGAGAUCCAGUUUUGCUAUUUCAUAUAUCUUCCUAAUCUGCUUGGGAAUUGCCUCUUUGACUGCUAAUUUAUUUCGCCUUUUUCUAACUUUACGAUGUAUGGAUGAUUUAGAGGAAUUUAUUAUCACCACAUUAUUCGUUUUCGGUCAUGUUUAUUAUAUAUUCUUGGGCAAUUAUACUGGUCAGAGAGUAAUAGAUUACAGCACAGAUAUAUUUUACAAAACGUACAUGUCACAAUGGUACAAUGGUCCGUUGCACGCGCAAAAAUUAUUAUUAUUUAUAAUGCAACGAAGCAUGAAAAGCACUGUCAUGUGUCUAGGGAAUUUAUUUGUUCCAUCGUUGGAAGGUUUCGCAACGGUAACUACUUACAUUGACGAAACUAUGACGAAACUUAAUUUUUAUAUAUUAUUCAUUUCGUAGAUGUAUAAAGCAAGUUUCUUAUUUCAGAUUACCAGUAUGUCAUUCUCGUACUUUACGGUAAUUCAUUCUGUUCAAUAAUCACAUCAGGAAUAACAAUUUCAGUCGCAUAUAAUAACACACACUUUAAUAUAAAAUUUAAGAGUUUAAAAAAUAUAUGAAGCGUGGAGCACAUUUGCUUUAUCAAACAUGAUAAUAAAUAAGAGCUUUAAGAAAAUGCAUCAACAUUUUCCUCUUCAUGUUACUAAAAAAUCGAAAAAUAUGUUAGUUCUAGUCUAGUGAUUGAUUUAUCUUUAAAUAUUUGUACUUACAAAUAGGUGAUGUAAGAUUGAUUUUGAAAACGCAUUACACUAAAACUAAACUUGACGUUGUACUCAACGAAUGAGAA